AUGGAUUCCAUGUGGACCAACCUGCUGAGACAAGACGAGCGGUGCUGCCUCGCCAUCUGCCUGGCGGUCAAUUGCCCUCACAAAGGGCUGACCGACGACACGUGGUACCCGCCGCUGAAAAGGGUCAGAGAAGAUAUGAAUAGCACCGCGGGAGACCGGUUCAUCGCCUACAUCAUAAGCUGUCUCUCAUCCGAUGAAAGUGACGACGGCCCGUCGGACAACAGGACCAACCUGUUGUUCGAGUUCGACAAGGCACUAAACUUUGACUUUGGAAACAUGCCCAUUGCCAUCAAAGUGCUGGAGCAGGUCUUGAUGUUUUCCGCGCGCAUCUGGGAAAUCGAUGCGCCGGAAGACACUGUUCACCCCGGGAUCUUGCUGGCCACUUUCGACCUCUGCGACGAUUCAGUGAAAUAUGCUCAACAUGUACUGCUGCUCUUCCAGAUGAGCCCUGCAGACCCGGCGGAGCUACUCGACACGCUCAGCGACGACGAGCUGGAGUCGGCGGGCCACUCCAUGUGUGACGUGGAUGAAGAUCUGUUCAACGACGAGGACGACGAGCCUUCCCGUUCUGACAUUGAAUCUGGCGAAGGCUCAGACCUGUCGUAUCCGGGGCGGUUAGACGACGAGUACGGCGGUGCCGAAUCCGACUUUGUGGAGGGCUCAGACGUGUCGGAGCCGACCUGCCCCGGUAUCCAUCAAACGACCAGGGAGUGCUCUACAUACAAUGCCCUGUGCUCUUUACUGAGCGAAGAAAGCUCUACCUUUGCGACCAUCACAGAUGCGACACAUUGGUGA